AUGGCUAAUUCAUUAUUUCAUACUAAAGAAUGUCUUGUAGAUGUUUUUGAUUAUUUAAAAUAUGACAUUCCUACUUUAUAUUCGUGUGCCUUAGUUAAUAGGGCCUGGUGUAGAUUGGUUAUACCUUUAUUAUGGAGUAACCCUUUAGAUGAUUUCGAAUUCAACAGUUUAUUAUAUCCAGACAAAUUUCUUAGAACUUGUAUUAAAUGUCUUGAUAAAGAAGAUAAAAAAUUAUUAUUUGAUCAAGGGAUUGAAGAUCCUUGGAUAAUGGAUUGUUUAAAUACAGAUGAAAAAAAAGAAUUCUUUACAAGUGUUCUUGGCAAUUUAUUUUUUGAAAAAACCAAAGGUAUAAAAAAAUUAAGUAUAUAUGAGGAUAGUAGUAGUCUAUUUAUAGAUGUUACAAAAUUUAGAAAUUCUGAAAUUGCUUUAGAAGGACUCGAAAUUUUUAAAAUAUAUCACGAUGGUUAUUCAAUAGAACAAAAAGAUCAAGGUGCAGGAAUCAAAAAUAUGUUUUUGAAUCUACUCAAAUUUUCAAAUGAAUUAAAACAUAUUGAUAUCGACAUUGAUUAUCAAUCCAUACAUCCUGAAUUACCUGGUUGCAUCAUAGACUUUAUAGUUAAACAACAAUCUAAAUUGAUCACUUUGUCAACAAAUCAGUUCUGGAGAUCCAACGUUAUCACAGUCCUUUUCUAUGAAGGUUUACUAAAAAUUUCUAAAACUUUGAAACAUAUUAAAAUUUCUAAAUUUACAAAGGUUCAAGAUUUUGUUACAGUUUUAAAAUAUUUUGAAAAUCUCCAAACUUUGGAAUUUUUAACUUCUGUUGAAUUGAGAGAUGAUUUUAUAUCAUUACCUGAUAAAUUAAACAUUAAUAAUGGGAAUAUCGUUAGUAUAAUAGAAUUGCCUAAAAUAAAAAAUCUUUAUUAUGACAUGAGCCAUGUUUCAGACAUUUUACCUCAAAUUAUAAAAAUUGCAAAUUUUAAUUUAGAAUCUUUACAUCUUUCAAGAUCACUUUAUGGUUCUGGGGAUUCAACCCAACUUUUUGAUACAAUAUCGAAUUAUUGUAAAAACAUAAAAAGAUUGUCAAUUAGAAUAGCUUUAACUGAAAUUGAUAAAUUAGUAAAUGUUUUAAUGGAAUUAAAGCAUAUGAAGGUCUUUAAUAUAGAAAUUAAACAACAUGAUAAUACCAUCAACAACAAUGAUCCAGACGAUUACAUCAUCAAAUCAUUGUCGAAUUGCUUGAAUGAUUAUAAUCACAAAUUGGUAUCAAUUGGCAUUAAUUUUUACUCGUCAGUUCAUAAAUUAAAAUGUUUCUUUGAUAAUUGUCAUAAGCUUGAUUUAAAGAUUAUUUCUUUAUAUGACAAAAAUUCAAUUAAUCCAGAUAAUUUAAAAUUGUUGUUGGAUUAUAAAAAAAACGAAAUAUUCACAAAUUUAAAAGAAAUCAGGUUUCAAGAAAAUUACUAUAAAGGUACAAUCGAACUUUAUAAUUCAAUAUUCUUUGAUGCCAAAAGAUUAAAUAUAAAACUCGAGGGUUGUAAAGAAUUUUGUCAUCCUAUCUAUG